AUGUUUGCAAGAAUACCAUUAGGAAUCAGACAGCCAAUCAGGGCAAAUUUGCGUUUCAAGAGAUUUAAUAGUACGAAAUCACAAGGUAGUUCAAGUUCAAGUUCUAGUGGCACUGGUGAAAAGAAGAAGACAGGUAUAAAAGCAUUAAUACAAGAAUAUGGUUAUUCAGCAUUAGCUAUAUAUUUGGGUCUUUCAGCUAUAGAUUUCCCAUUAUGUUUCAUAGCUGUUCAUUCUAUAGGGGAAGAUAAAAUCCAUGAAUAUCAAGAUAAAGCUAAAGAAUUUAUUGGUAUAACACCAAAAGAACGUGAACCAAAAACAGAUACAGAUAAAGAAGAAUCAAAUGGAUCAAUAUGGUCAUCAACCUUGUUGACAGAAGCUAUAUUAGCAUAUGGGAUUCAUAAAUCAUUAAUUUUCAUAAGAUUACCAAUAACAGCUGCUAUAACUCCAAGUAUUGUUGGGAAAUUAAGAAGUAUGGGUUUUAAUAUUGGUUCAACAAAAUUGAAAACAAUUGCUCAACAAGCUAAAACUAAAACAAGUCAAAAAAUUGUUGAUUCUAAACAUGCUGUUGCUAAUAAUGCUAAAUUUGGAACUCCUGUUACAAAGAGACAAAAAUGGUGGAGUUGGUUCUUCUAA